AGGACUAGAGUCGCACGGUGUAUCACAGCAAGCAGCAGACCCAAGGCCAAGAGCAUUCUUUGUCACCUAAAGAAUGGCGAUUGCUAGGAUUGCUAUCGGAAAUGCAUCGGAGCUGGGCCAAGCCGAUGCUCUCAGGGCUGCUCUGGCCGAGUUCAUUUCGAUGCUCAUCUUUGUGUUCGCCGGGGAGGGCUCCGGCAUGGCUUUCAACAAGCUGACGGACAAUGGAUCGACGACACCAGCAGGGCUGGUGGCGGCAUCGUUGGCUCAUGGCUUUGCAUUGUUUGUGGCGGUUUCAGUCGGCGCCAACAUUUCUGGAGGCCACGUGAAUCCCGCCGUUACUUUUGGUGCCUUCAUUGGGGGCCACAUCUCUCUCCUCAGGAGCAUUCUGUACUGGAUCGCCCAAUUGCUUGGCUCUGUCGUUGCUUGCUUACUCCUUAAAUUUGCCACUGGUGGACUGGAAACAUCAGCUUUCUCGUUAUCUUCAGGAGUGGGGGCAUGGAACGCGAUGGUGUUCGAGAUAGUGAUGACGUUUGGUCUAGUGUACACGGUGUAUGCAACGGCCUUAGACACGAAGAAGGGUGACAUUGGGAUAAUUGCUCCGAUUGCGAUUGGUUUCAUCGUCGGAGCUAACAUCUUGGCCGGAGGGGCCUUUGACGGGGCAUCCAUGAACCCAGCUGUAUCUUUCGGGCCAGCCGUUGUGAGCUGGACGUGGGCCAACCACUGGGUUUACUGGCUCGGUCCCUUCCUCGGUGCCGCCAUUGCGGCCAUUGUUUAUGAGAUAAUAUUCAUGAACCAGACCACUCAUCAACAGCUCCCCACCGCUGACUAUUAAGAACCGUAACUCCCUUCUGCCCCACCUACGUUGUUAAGUUCACGGUGGGGUUGGUUUCUUGCCUUCGCUUCUGUUGUUGAAGGCUCUCUCUUAUGUUUGCAUUUUUGUUGCUCUUUCAUUCCCUUGAACUUUGCGCUUUGUCUGGUUCACUGCCUUUAUUUUUAUCAUGAUUAUGUUAUUUCGUGCUUAUCUUCAAA